AUGUCUAUGUUUGAGGAUGUCACACGGGCCCUGGCUAGACAGCUGAACCCUGGAGAUGAUCUGACACCCAUAGACAGCCUCUUUGACUUGAGAUGCUUCAGUCCGUUGUCCCUGGUGCUGAGGAAGAGGAAAAGGACAUGGUUCUGGGGAGCCCGCUAUGUCUGCUCCAACUACACUCUCCUGGAUGUGCUGGAGCCAGGCAGCUCCCCCUCAGAUCCGACAGACAGUGGCAACUUUAGCUUUAAGAAUAUGCUGGAUGUCCAAGUACAGGGACUUGUGGAAGUGCCAAAGACAGUGAAGGUAAAGGAGACUGAGGGCCUGUCACGAAGCAGCACACUGGAGAUUCAGACACUCAGCGUGGCUCCCUUGGCUCUGGAGAACUUGAGGAAGGAGAGGAAACUGUCAGCAGACCACCCAUUCCUGAAGGAGAUGCGGGAACGCGGGGAGAACCUCUAUGUGGUGAUGGAGGUGGUGGAAACCCUACAGGAAGUCACUCUGGAGCGAGCUGGCAAGGCAAAUACAAACUUCUCUCUCCCCAGCUUUGCCCUACUGGGACUACAGGGAUCCGUGAACCACAAGGAGGGUGUAACCAUCCCCAAGGGCUGUGUCCUGGUCUAUCGAGUGAAACAACUGAUGAUCAAUGGGGAAGAUAAGUGGGAAAUUCCGCACAUUUGCAAUGACAGCAUGAAAACCUUUAACCCCCUGAUCACACCCCGGAGCCUCUCCAAACCUGUAGAGAUGUUAUCUGAAAAGCCAGGAGAAGAGAAGCUCGUUCGGGAGAUGCACAAAGACUUCAAGACAUUAAAGAAAGAGGUGCAGCGAGAGACUCAAGAAGUGGAGAAGUUGAGUCCAGUGGGGCAAAGCUCCCUACUCACUUCCCUCAGCCAUCUCCUAGGAAAGAAGAAAGAGCUCCAGGACCUUGAGCAGAAGCUUGAAGGGGCUCUACGCAAGGGACAGGAAGUGACCUUAGAAGCACACCCCAAAGAUGCCCUGCUGUCAAAUGACACUAUGGUCGCCAUCCUCUACUUCCUCGGGGCUCUGACAGAGCUAAGUGAAGAACAACAGAAGCUUCUAGUGAAAUCCUUGGAGAAAAAGAUCCUACCGGUGCAACUGAAGCUGGUUGAAAACAUCUUGGAGCAGAACUUCCUGCAAGAUAAAGAGGGUGUUUUCCCCCUGCAACCUGAUCUGCUCUCCUCCCUUGGAGAAGAGGAACUGAUCCUAACAGAAGCACUGGUGGGACUAAGCGGCCUAGAAGUCCAGAGAUCAGGCCCCCAGUACACGUGGAAUCCAGACACUCGCCACAACCUCUGUGCCCUCUAUGCUGGCCUCUCCCUCCUUCACCUGCUAAGCAGGGAAUCCUAA